AUGGUCUUGACCAUUGCGGUCCUUGCCGGGGCUUUUUCCCAACAAACACCUCACCCAUUACCCUGGUCUCCUGCAGGAACCAACGAUGUGCGCUCUCCCUGUCCGAUGCUAAACACCCUCGCCAACCACGGCAUCCUCCCCCACGACGGCAAAGACAUCACCGAGCAACAGACCAUUGAUGCCCUAUAUAAAGCUUUGAGCAUUGAUGAACAGCUUGCCAGGUCUCUGCAUCAACAAGCGCUCACUACCAAUCCCCAACCAAAUGCUACCACCUUCUCCCUGAACCACCUGAGCCGACACAACAUCCUGGAGCACGAUGCCAGCUUGAGUCGCCAGGACUUCUACUUCGGCAAUAACCACGACUUCGACCAGGCUGUCUUCGACGAGACGCGCUCGUACUGGAUCUUCCCCAUCAUCGAUAUAAAGGCUGCCGCCACUGCCCGCCAGGCCCGCAUCAAUACCUCCAAGGCCAACAACCCGACUCACACUCUGUCGAGUCUGGCCCAGGCAGUCAGCUUAGCAGAGAGCUCAGCUUACAUCAUUGUUUUUGGCAACAAAUGGGCUGGAACCGUCCGCCGAUCUCUAAUUGAAUACUUCUUCGAAAAUGAGCGCCUUCCGAUUGAGCUUGGCUGGAUGAAGUCCAAGGACAAUAUCACGACUAACGACGUCAUUACUAUGGCGCAGCGUAUUGCAAACGCCACGGUCGCGAUUGGUGAGGGGCUCCUCAAGCAGGAUGGCCUGCACGGCGGCCGUAAUGGCUAG